AUGGGCUACCAAUGGCUUAAAGUGGACCAUUUAAACACCCUUUUGCUCAACUUAUCAUUUCGAACAGGGCAGUUAGAAAAUGCAUCAAAAGACGCCUUUUACAAAUUGAAAGCGGUAUCUAUUAAAGCUCAAAAAUCGGAAUUCGGGGGUUUACAAAGGCAAAAAAUGAUAGACCUAUUGUUUCAAACUCAAGAAGCCAUAUCUAGUCUCCAAAUCGAAUUAUCGACCAACAUGUCUCUUACAAUAUCCAAGACCCGCGAAUUAGAAACUAAAACAGAAGCUCAUGCUAUUAAAUUGCUAAAUUUGUCUUUAGAAGUUUGUAAAGAUAUUAGCGAGAGAUUACAAAUGAAACUUGAUACGAUGGGGAAUGCCAUAACUCUUCUCAAUCAUUCCACUAAAAUCGAACAAUUUUUGAUCAAAAUGAAAGAUGUGCAAAGCCGAUUGAGUCAGACACCGACAUAUGUUGAUUUACAGAGUCUGAAGAAAACAUUAGGUAUGAUCAAGAAUGAAUUGAUUAGAGUCAAAGGAAACGAGAUAGAACAUUUAACUACAAUGGCGGAUGGUGUAUCAAGGAUGGUGUCCAAAAUAAUCAAUAUAUUUCCUCAUGACUGUUCAAUGGACUGGAAUUUUGUUAUGCAGGAUUAUAAGAGCGGCGUUUACGUGAUUAAACCUAACUUGUCUAAGGAUGUCUUCGAAGUUUAUUGCGACAUGGAUGAAAUCAUCAAAAAUGAACAUACGAUCCAAAAUAACGCAUUUAUCAGCGGCACCAUCAAAAAGAAUGAUAAUGAUGACCUAUACAAAGGUAAGGGUUGGACAGUUAUACAAAGAAGAAUCGAUGGAACAGUUAAUUUCACUAGAGAUUGGAAUGAUUACAAAUGGGGUUUCGGGAAUUUGACAGGUGAGUUUUGGCUAGGUAAUGAACGUUUGUACCAAUUAACCAAUCAACAUGAGCAGCAAUAUAUCCUGAGAAUAGAUAUGUGGGAAGACUCAGUGACAUCUUCAACCACUUCCCAAGUAUACAGGGCCGAAUAUGAAUAUUUUAAGAUUGGCCCAGAAUCAGAUGGCUACUUUUUAAAUAUUGGUCGUAUAUUUAAUGAAACUGCUACGAAAUACUUUAAAGGUUUUAACCCAGUAAACUCAAAAGAUGAUGAUAGUAUUACCGAAAAUGAUGAUAAUAAAAGAGUGGACAGCGUUUUAAAGGAGGGUUUAGCUAGUGCAAAGGAUAAUGAUGAUGAAAAUAAUGUAAUGUACGUUUCAGAUUGUUUGGCACAGUACCAUAACGGAAUGAAGUUCAGCUCUAUCGAUAAAGACCAAGAUGCUAGCUCAACGAACUGCGCCAAAUUUUAUUCUGGAGGUUGGUGGUAUUCCAAUUGCCAAAAGUGCAACCUUAAUGGAAGGUAUGGGAUAGGCAUAACUUGGUUUGAUUCGUUUAUCAAAAAGGAUUGGAUCAAGUCCACCAAAGGUGAUACCGAGAUAACUAUCAGUUUACCUAUAGAUGAGACAGAGGCCUUUUUUAUCUUUUCCCAAGCAAAUAGGUGA